AGUCCAGAAGACGUCGGCGCAGCUCAGAGCCGCAUAGCAACCGUUAUUGUUCAUCUCCUCUGAAGGCUUUAGCGGUUUCUAAUAUGGUUUGUGGCGGUUUCACCUGUUCGAAAAACGCCCUCUGCUCCCUGAAUGUGGUUUACAUGCUGGUUGGGCUGCUGCUCAUUGGAGUGGCAGUCUGGGGGAAAGGCUUCGGCUUGGUGUCCAGCAUCCACAUCAUCGGAGGCGUCAUAGCGGUGGGCGUCUUCCUGCUGCUCAUCGCCAUCGUUGGCCUCGUCGGAGCCAUUCACCACCACCAAGUCAUGCUCUUCUUUUACAUGGUCAUCCUCUUCAUCGUUUUCCUCUUCCAGUUUGGAGUUUCCUGUUCCUGCUUGGCGAUGAACCGCGGGCAGCAGGUGGUUCUUCUGAACUCCACCUGGGGAAUGUUACACAAUGAAACCAAGGAAAACUUGGAGAAGCAACUGGACUGCUGCGGCCUGCUGAACGUCUCCAACAGCCGCUCACAGUUUGAACAGGACGUGAGAAACUGUAACGCUUCAUGCAAAGGUAAAGGAGCCUGUCCGAGCUGCGGGGAUAAGAUGUUGAAUCAUGCAACAGAAGUUCUGAAGAUCCUCGGAGGCGUCGGACUUUUCUUCAGCUUCUCAGAGAUCCUUGGCGUGUGGCUCGCUGUGCGCUACCGGAACCAGAAGGAUCCUCGAGCAAACCCGAGUGCUUUCCUAUAGUCUGCCCCUCGCGUCCCACAGCAGGCACUUGUUUUCCCUGCAGACACACUGGUACAACACACACACACACACACACACAGAAAAUGGACGAGCGCACAACAACCCACUCAGAACUGGAUACUCGUGCAUGAAUGGAUGACUGGUAACGCUGGUGAGUCUUACUGGUUCAGCCUUGAUUUGAGUCCCAGACGUCCUGCAUGUCCCCCCAAGUCCCAACCGACCCACACUCUCACACAAACCAACGACUCCAUCACUAAUAGCCUGUGUGCACCUUGAAAUGUCCCUCCUGUCUCUAGCGUAAUAACGGCUAACGUUCCCCUCUGUCGGUGAAAUGCGCCAAACGAUGCGACGGGGAAAAACGAGGCAUUGAAGCGGUGAUGUAAAGUAGUGUAAUUAUUUCACUCCCCAAACGCGUCGGUGGGGAGCCUAGGAGGUAGAUCUUUAGGUAGCAGUUGCUCGUCCUUUGGGUUAGUUUCAGAUGUUUGUGAACUGUAACUGAGCCAGCUAACUUUCAGUCAGCGACAUUCACAUGCCACAGACUGCAGCCUUCAUGUUGUACAUAUAUUAUUAUUAUUUAAAAUACUGAAUCGCUCGGUGGAUCGGCAGAAGUAGUCGCAUCCCUGUGUUUGAGCGGCGGCGUGUAGUUUAGAUCCCGCUGCAGCCGUAGGAAAUCACAGCGAAAACGGUUUCAUGUCAUUUAUUUCAGGAAAAUAAGAAAAAAGAGAAGUGGCUUUUUUUUUGAUGGAGAGUAAAGAGUGGCAAAUUACAAUUAAUAAUACAUCUUUUAUUAUUAUUAACAACAAAAUUAUAUUGAUGUUAUUUUUAAUGACAAUAUUAACAGCUGUGACAAAGUGCUGAUCAGUGAACAUUAAAAAUAUGGAAAGGAAAAAACAGAUCAAUAAAACAUACGGAAAAGAGUAAUGGCAAAAAUAUUAACAGCAAUAAUGAUAUUAACAAUGCUACUGUUGCUAACAACAAUAAUAACAAUUGUCAUAGCAAUAACUAUUAUUGCUGUAACAGUAAUAGUAAAUAUUUCUAUUAAUGACAAUAUUAAUAAAAAAUGUUAUUAAUAGUAAUAUGCUGUUUACUACAAUAUAAUACCACUACCAUUGUUAUUAAUAAUAAAUGGAAAUAAUUAUUAAAAUGUUCAUUUUUAAAAAUUGAAAAUAAAUACAGAAUUGAUUAUAUGUACCACGAUUAAUUGUAUUGAUUUUAUUUUAAAAACUAUAUCUAAUUAUGUCAUGUUCUUCUGCUGAUCAUGAUUUAAAACCGUAAAUUUCAUUAAACUCAGUGGGCGGGAUUAGUGGAAAUCCUGACGUCUGAUUGGCUAAGUGGUCAAGACAACUUCUUCAUUCUGGGUCAAUAUUUUAAAGUGAAUAAAUAAUUUUGAUAAAUUAUUUACUAAAAACUUCCUGGAUGAGCAUCUCCAGCCCUUUUAUCUCAUUUGGUCUGAAAUAAGUUAAGCUAGCUGGUGUUAGCGACGCUAAUGUGUGUAGCAGCAUCACAGUGAGACAUUUGGUGAAAUUAUUAUAUUACCUUUAAGCCCAAACUAGAAAUAUAAAGGCUUGAGUUGUUCACUCAGAGUUUGUAGUAAAUACAUUACAACACUUUAUUGAAAUUAUUUCGACAUUUCCAGUGGAAAUAUUGACUCAGUUAAAACAAAUUCACAGGAAGUUGUUUUAACAGGUUAUAAUUUGGCACUCUUCACUCUCCAUAUUUUGCCAAAUAUUUUAUUUUAUUGUGUUAAUUGUGAUAAUGUGCUCUUUGUUGCUAUUUUAAAACCCUCUAAAUACAACUAGUGUUUUUUUUUUCUGUUGCCGCCUGUCUUUUCAUUCAUCAGUGUUAAAUGCUUUGUAAAAAUAUAAGAAUAAUGCCUGUUGGAUAUUUUUAGAAUAUUUAAGUUUAGUGCACAUUAAGCAGAUGUUGUUAUAAUUUUCCUCGGUAUGUGACAUUUCCUGCUUAUGUGUUUUUAUUAUUUUUGAUUUUAACUUAAAGGACUAAUGCGAGCUGUAAUGAAUUGUCUUACUUGAACCUGUCAUCUUUGCUGAUGUGGAUUUCUUGCUGCUGAUUUGGACUUGGUGUAAAUGUUAUGACAGACCCUAAUGCCAUAUAUUACAUGUAUCCACUUUGAAUUUCUGUGCACUUGUUAUUGAAAUGUAUGAAUUUUUGAGACUUAAUUUUCCAAAUAAUAAAACUUUAAACUGGAAAA